AUGGAUCAACAGAGCAGCUUACGCCUCAUUGAACUUUAUCAAACCUACCGAUUGUUUUGGGACCCCAAAGAUAAGGCUCAUCAUAACAAAAUGAAGAGAGAGGACGCAUGGAAGGAAAUGAGUGCAAAAAUGCAGCAGCCUGUCAAUAUUUUAAAAUCAAAAAUGAAAACAUUGAUGGGUUCCUACAGGAGCGAGAGGUCAAGGGAGAACAAAAGCAGACUCUCUGGGUCCGGUAUCGAGGAUGUAUAUAACUCUAAAUGGUUCGCUUACAAAUAUUUCGAUUUUUUAUCCGAUAAAGACAACCCAAGAGAAACAAUGGAUACAGAAGUAGUAGAGAGUUCUGAAGAACAACUGGAAGUGCAAGUUUCUACAGAGACAACUUCAGUCAGCCCUGCAGCUACAACAUCUGUUGCCACAGAGCAGCAAGAGUCACAAAACACUACUUUCCGUGCUCCUGGUAGCAGAAGGAUGCAAACUACUGCUACCAAACGCAAGGCAGCAGAGCAAGACGUAGACUCCCAAAUGAUUAAUGAAUCUCUAAAGAUCAUACAGUCAUCGGCUAAUUCUUCGAAUGACCCGUACUUCACCUACGCCUUAAACUUGGCAAAUGAACUGCGAAAAUAUGAUCCAACCACACUGGCGCACGUCAAAAGACCCUUCGCAAAUAUUUUAUUUGAUGCAGAUAUGGGAGUAUACUCUACUCCUUCACCAUACAGCAGUGGCACUACCUUUCGAACACCCACCCCAUACACGUCGUCUACUGAGUCGUCUUCUACUUCAUAUGACUCUUCGAGGGAUUUACCCCCUUUAAUAUCAAAUACUCGUACUUUCCCCACGUCAUCAGACACAUCAGAACAUAACGUUCCAGCAACCACUAUUGAAUCCAUAUUAUUGAACAUUUGA